AUGACGACUCGCGUCAUUUGGAUUGACCAAGAUGGCAAAUUGUCCAUUCGCAAGACCGACGAAUCUUAUGAGCCUCUACCAGGCGAAGUUCUCGUUGAGGUACAAUAUUCCGGAAUCAACCCAGCCGACGUGAAGCAUGCGACAGUUGGGUUCAAUAAUUCUGUUUCUGGGUACGACUUUUCGGGAACAGUGAUCAAAGCAGGUCAUGAUAGAGAAGGCCAGUUCAAGCAAGGCGACCGUGUACUUGGCUUUGCUGCUCCUGCUCUGAACAAACCAAAGCAGUACGGCACGCAUCAGGACUUUCAUUGCGCCAGACAUUUCAUUUACCACGUUCCGCCAACUAUGCCUAUGCCGGAUGCUGCCACCUUGAUGGUCGUGACGCAUACUGCUGCUGAUGCUCUCUUCAAUCAGCUCCAGAUUCCCUUCGAGGUCGGAUGUGGAAGCUCCCAGCCUCUACUGAUAUGGGGUGCUUCCAGUGCUGUGGGAAGCGCCGCAGUCCAAUUUGCGAAAAAGGCAAAUUGUCAUCCGAUUCUGGUGACUGCAUCACCUAGAAACCAUGCGAAGCUGCUGUCGCUUGGCGCGACGGAAUGCUUCGAUUACAAUGAUCGAGAUGUCGUGCAAAAUAUUCGACGUGCCCUCUCAAAGCACACUACCAAGCCGCUAAAGCGUGUGUUUGAUUCGGUGGUGGGACAGGGUCCGCCGUCAACAACCGUCCUCUGUGAGGCUUGCGUGGAUGAUGCAAGCGACGCUCUUUUCACUUCUCCUCUUCCCGCUACGAAGGAUGCGAAGAAUCAUUGGAGCCGCACCUUUGCUUGCAGAAACGCCGAUGUGGACUUCGUGCUUCCUAAUGGAAUUGUGCUCAGACACGAACCAGAUCAAGAAAUGCAAGACAAGAUUGACCAGGCUACCAAAUGGGCCAUUGAAAAUUACGGGAGUGGCUACAUCAUGCCAAAUGUUGUAGUAGUCAAGGGAGGAGAGGAGGGUAUUCGCGCCAUGCUCGAUGUGGCUGACGGCAAGGCCAGCAUGCAAAAGUUUGCCAUUCAACAUCCUAUUUGA